AUGUCCUCUUUAAACCAUCCUUAUAACUUGUAUGGGAAUGGUCAAGGUGAUGAAGGUCUUGACCAGUUGUCUCAAGCUUUGAAUAAGUUGAUUGAGGAGGCUAUAGGUAACGCUAAUAAGUCCCUUGAUGAACGCGAAUCCAAGCUUCUUUGCCGUGGAAAACCUACUGAUAAACCUUCUGACUCCUCCUCUUCUGACCCCUCUGUCCAGCCCUGUUGUAAGAAGCAGGAUGCUGAAAUUGAAAAAGCUAAAAAUGAACUUAAAACUAAACAGUCUGAAUCUACGCAAUCUGAAGACUCUAAAAAGAAAGAAAUUGCUGCCCUAAAAUCUCAAAUCAAAAAAGCCGAAGAUGCUAAAAAUGACUGUGCUAAGACCCAUUACCUCCCUGAGGAGGAGAGGCAGAAGGGAUUGGAGGAAGUGAGGCAGCAGAGAGAAAUUGUUGAGAAGCUUAAGAAAUUUGCUGAAGAACUUGAUAAAACUAAUAAUAAUAAUAUUUUAACGCAUUUAUGUUCCGGCCUCGAAACCUUCCUCGGCUUCAACCCUGACUCCAAAGGCUACGAUGGCAGUGGGAUUGUCUACUCUGACCUUGACAGGCUGUGUGACGGGGUGAUGGGAUUUUUGAGUGGUGUGCUUGAGGGGGUGAAAAACGAAAAUGAAGUGACAACUUAUGAUAAUUACAUCAGUGGAGAGGAUAAAAAGCUUAAAAGUGUACUUGACACCUUAACUAAACAAAUUGGCUCCGGGCGUGAUGGGCUUGUGGAUGCUGUCGGCGCGGUGAGGGAGUGGUUGGAGGGGUAUGAAGGUGAAAUGAAAACGAGAACAAAAACAGUGACUGGGCCAUUAGAUACAACAAUUCGUGACAUAUAUCAAUCUGCGGAAUAUAUCAAAACACUGCGUAGUCAAGAAUAUGAUGCCGUCUCAGAUAAGUUAGCAGACUGGGCUGACUCUGUCAAUAGCUUAGUGACACAACCGAAAUCUUCAUUAGAUUCACUUAGAGAUUUAGAUCCUAACCUAAAAAAUAAGUUAGAAACCAACGUCUGCGUAAUUUUUAAUAGUGUUAAUACAUUUGUAGAAUCCACGAAACUUGACUAUAGCGACUUGGUGGCGGUAGCCAGUAGUGUCGAUAGAGACCUUACAACGCUUGAAAGUCAGAUUAGUAGCACAGUUACAGAGCAGGUCAGGGUACUUAAGGAAACGGUGACUAAGGGUAUUGACGGUCUUCGUAUGCUAGUAAAAGAAGAACUUGAGAGGAAGGUUAAGCUUUUGACUGACACAGUCUGGAAGUUGCACACUGUUCGACAAAACAUUAAGAAGUCCGUUGAUGUUAUUAAUGGAAAAUUUGAUGAAAAAGAUACCUCUCCAAAUACGGCCUUGGGGGCUGCCAGUUUGGCGCAAAAUAUUGUCACUAAUGCUGCGACGCUCCGAGAUGAUGAUCUUGGCAGUUUGUGGGCGGAAAUACAGUUGGCGCUUACUGGGCUUACCGAUGGGAUUGCAGAUAAGGAAGGUAAUCAAGGUCACUUAAAUGACAUCGUUACUUCUGUAGGAGAGUACGCAACUAAUUUCGAGGAGACAUUCAAACAAUCAAUCAAUGAUGCGGUUACGGCGAUUGUUGACGAAGAGCCGGUGAAACAGUAUUUGUAUUCGUAUGUUAGCGGGAACAACCACGCAAAAAAAUUCAAGGGCCGUUUUACCGCUGCCGAUAAUGAUGCUAUUCUCAAGGUAUUCCUUUCAAUCGUUCAAAAAAAUAUUAAAGCAGCACUAACUGCUAUUAAAGCCAAUCCAAAGCCUGGAUCUCAAUCCACUGUAGAUGGCCAUUUACAAAACGUUCAUAAGUAUCUUAGCAACUACGCGGAGCAAGUAAUACAUAAAGUUGCAGAUGUAGUAGGGAAAAUUCAAAGUGAUUUGCAAGAUGGCUACGAUCUACAGAUGACCGAUGUAUCCGAAUCAGGCUAUAAUCCGUAUCUCAAGUGGGGGGUAGAAGCCGCCCUAACUGAGUUACAGUCGCUUGCGAAAGGCGCGGAAAUAGAAAUUCAACGAUUCAAAUCAGAGAUAAAUAUGGGAAAGUUGACAGCUGCUAUCGACGGUGUUAAAGCACUAGGCGAAGAACUUAAAAAAUUAGUUGAGAAACCAUUGAUCGAAAAAAUUCAAACUAAGCUUAACAACGAUGUGUCAAUGCCUGCCGAAAAAAUAAAGCAAGGACUUGCUUAUGUUAUCGACUCAGUUAAUAUGGAGCUCAGAAACAUUAGCGCUAUCCUAGAAGACAAGAAAGAUAAAAACGAUAAACACGACAAAAAGCUGGUCGGUGUGAAGAAUCAGAUUGAUGAAAAGACCAACGAACUAAACCAACAAGUGACCUCUACCCUGGAUGCACAAGUUAGAACAUUAAAAGAAGGCACGCUAGAGAAAGCCACUAAUCUCUGCCAAUCCACAAUCACCUCAAAAGUUACCAGCGAUAGUGCCACCGCCAAGAGAAGCAUUAAACAGGAGGCCCUGAGAAUGUUUGCGGACACCAAAGAGAAAGAGUUGGAGGCGCUCAAAGGAUUGGUCACUCAGAAAUAUACAGAAAUUGGUGAAAUUAUUCAGCAAGAUCUGGAAAGCGGAUUGAAGGGAAUGAUGGGCAAAAUGAAGGCGAAUGAUACCUAUCUCGACACGCUACAAAAACAAACGGAAAUACGAACAGCCACCACCCAAGUCAGAAUGUAUUUAGAAGAGUUGCUCCAAUACGUCGAAGAUCAAGUUAAAAUCUCAACGGCACAACAAACGAAGAAAGACACUGUUGCAUCCACCAAAAUUGCUAACGUGAAAACCAUGCUCGGCCUUUCGCUCGACGACCUCUCCUCCUCGAAUCACUUUGAUCAUACAUUCUCCCGUAAUCUCGCUGAUUUUACUAAUACACUUAGCGCACUGCAGCCAUCCACGUUCGCUGGUCAUAAUCAUCCGGAGUUGCCUGAUGCCAUGAAAGGUGGACUUCGCAAAUUGAUUGGUGAACUUGGGAGGGCGUACGUCAGUAGGUACGAGGGCUCGCCGGCAAUCGGUCAGUGGUUGAUAAAAGACCCUAAUAAGGAAAGCGCUCAAAAAGUGCAGGACUACGAUCAAAAUAUGAUUCUGACGACAAAUGGGAAGAAUUGCGCGAAGGUGUUUUUGACUUGCGCGACGAUGCUGUUCGAUCAGCUUCAUCAGCUGUAUUACGAGGGUGGUCAUACCUUCAGAGAGUGCCGAAUGCAGAGUGAAGAUAACAACGCGGCGUUGAGAGAUUUCUUAACACAAUGUGGUUACGACGUUAAGAAUCUCAUAACUAAGGACGAUACCGGUUGGAAUGUCUCGAUGAAAUUAAGCAAAGGCUUCCGUAAACACAAAGAAUUUAAUAAGUAUCCCAACGAUUUUACUUCGCUGAAGGCAUGCGCUGAUAACUUCAGAGAACAGGGGGGCAUCUUAAGUAGAUUGUUCACCCACCUACACGAAUACUACGAAGUAUGCCACUACGGUACCAUGUUCGCCACCAAGCAACCGUCGAGCGUAUACCAAAUGCUUCUAUGGUUGUCCGGUUUUCCAUACAAUCCCGUCUACCAACCGUUGUCAUUUAACGGAUUCAGUGAGCUGUUUGAGAAGGAGGAGAACAACGCUGCUAACAGUGAGGGGGACGACAUCUUGCUUGAAACCGACGACGCCAAUACACUGCCUGCUCACCCGGAAGACAUCACCGUUGGAGGAAUAUCUGGCAUGCUGACGGAAGUAUGCCAUCAGGCUCACGACGUACUUACAUCUAUACUUGGCCAUGGACACGCGGACGGAAUAUACGCGGUGGACUUCAACACUAAUUCGCAAGGGUUCUCGUACCCCUCUCGCUACGGUCAAUGCAUUGAUAUGCUAGUAGACAUACUGCAUCGCAUUUACCAGCAGCUCUACUUCGUAUACUGCCAAUGCUGCAACGACGAAAUUUGUUCCGGGUGGCGGGGUUGUUUGUAUGGCAAUGCAAUCGGUGGGUCAGAUUGGAAGUGCAACUCAAAGCAAUGCGCUGACCAAAAGUGUAACCAAAAGGUCAACCAAAACUGUGACCAACACCCUAAGUGCGGUGUAAAAUCCCCAUUACAGUCAUACUUAGAAGAUGGUUUGCCUGGCUUCUUACCGCAUUCAUUUAAGAAACCAGGUUGUAAAUUGGAAUGCACGGUGUCCAACCAUCGCGGCAUACCGUGUAAGACACCGAUGGGAUUCAAUGAAAUCAGCGUUAUGGCAUCGCAUACUAAAAACGGUGAACAUCUUUGGAAGGUGCUUGAUGAAUUUUGUGGAAAGCAGGAUAGUCCACUUACGAAGCUUUGUGGUUACUUCACGUGUAUUAUGCAGAAACCGCCGCAAUCGCUGGGUGAUGUAUACGCGUAUUAUUAUAGUUAUCUCGCGAAUUGGACCGGCAAUUAUUAUGGUGUCAAAUCUGAGCUGUUGCAUACUCAACAGGCAUACACCGAUGCAGUCACUGAAGCUUAUUUCGGCAAUGGGUAUGAAUCUCUUGCUCCAAGUGCAUUGUGCAGUAACAGUGGGCACAAAACAGCCCAUUCCGAUGGCAAUCUGCUGAGUAUAACAAACUGUCAUUCGGUCUCCCAUAAGCCAUGUGGUCUUUACGUGCAGCCACUGACAUUGAACACCUACAGCUAUUACUCAUCUAAGCAUAAGACCAAUCACCUGUCUUGGAUCGUGUACAUCACGGAAACAUUUUACGACCUGUUGAAGAAACUGUACGACGACUGCUGCGGAACGUGUAAGAAGCCUGGCAGCAGAUGCUAUGACAAAUGCUGUACUAAUGGAUGUGAGGUAAAGAAGGCAUAUGCAGCAAUAGAGUCAAAGAGUGAAGACAAUGAGGCAAAGAAGCUUGACGACAAGAAUCACAACAAAGAUUGCAAGUCAAUCGUCCACUGCCGCAACACGCACCCUAAUCUGUAUAAAUACGGAUUCACAUUCGGCAACGCGUUGGGUCUCAGUGGCAUCGGAAAUAAUACAGCUACGCAGAGGACGUGCAAAGAUUUCUGUGAAGCGUUGAAAUUGAUGCUAGGAGAGAAAUCUGUGCUUAUUGAAUUACGCAAACAAAUCGAUCAAUUCUUGUGGGAUAUCAGGACGCCAUUCUCGUAUCUUGUAUUAGCCCUCUGGCUCCUCUCUCUGUUGUACCUCCUCCACAUCAUGGUCAUCCGCCUAGACCUGCUCCACAUCAAAUCGCAUUUGCAUAGUCCCUCAUCACAUCGCAUAGCUGCCCAAUCACUGCUCGCUGCUGGACGUGUUAACAAGCUUAACAGGGUGUUUUAUCUGCAACCAUAA